AUGGGGAGAGUGAAAUUAGAGAUAAAGAGAAUAGAGAAUAGUGUUAGCAGGCAUGCUACUUUUGCAAAGAGAAAGAUUGGAUUGGUGAAAAAAGCACAGGAAUUGGCCACUUUGUGUGAUAUAGACAUUGCUUUGAUAAUGUUCUCUCCUGUGGAUCAUCUCAUCCACUAUCCAAGUGAUUUGAAGAUUCAGGAGAUUAUCAUGCGUUAUGCGAAUGUACCUCUUGCUGAAAGGAUCAAAAGGAAGAAGGAAAAUCUGGAGCAAUUGAACAGAGGGAUACGGAAGCAGAAGGGAGACAAUGAAAUUGCGAGAGGGAUGGGGUUUGAAGACAUUGAGGUUUUACAGAAGGAGCUAGCAAGAUUGCAACAAGAAAACCAAAUACUUCAAAAUCAUUUAAGGUUGUUUCAAGGUGAUUGUGCUAGCUUGGAUUCUUUAAAUUAUGAAGAGCUACAUCAAAUGGAGCUCCACAUACAAACUGUUAUGGAGAAGGCUAGCUUGCUCAAGAUCCUUGACUACAAUAAAUUGCACCCUGACGUGAAUUUAAAUCUUUUUAGGGACGAACAACAUCAAGCUUUAUUUAUGGGAGAUCACUUGAAUCCUAUGAGUCACGAGCCUCAAGUUGGUUUUCCUGAAGUUCAAAAUCUUCAACAGGAGCCUCAUCUCUUUGAUUCUGGCGAUUAUACUCCCACGCUAGAGAGUGGAGGGAGUGUUGUGCGUGCUUCUCUAGUGGCGCCUUUCUUCUUCUCAUCCAAGGUUAUAGGUCAAGGGUUUCGUCAUUCGCGAUCCCUCGCGGCGGGAGCUCGAUCUUGGGAGGCAUAG